GUAGCUAAUGUCACUGAUCUUAGAAUCUGUAGGGCCUUCGUUAGCGCACAGUGGAAUUAACCUUAAUAAUCUUAAACUGGUUAUACUCUUAUUUCGCAGAUAGCGAUUAGAUCCACUGAAAGGAAAAAUUUUGUUUUCCUUGCUGAUUUAAAUUUAGGAGAAUGGUAUUUCUAAGUGCACGGUUAUUUCCAAGAUCUCGUGGCCCUGAUGAAUUUUGGCGGAAACGCCAGAUAUUUAAACUUGCUGCUCAUUAUAUUGGAAGAAGAAGAAAUUGUUACAGUAUAGCUAUAAGAACUGUAACAAGAGCAUUGGUAUACGCUACAAAGGGAAGGAAACUUAAAAAGGAGGAUAUGAAGGAGCUUUGGGAAGGUAGAAUAAAUGCUGCUGCACAUGAACAUGGUAUUAAUUUUAAAACUUUAAUGGAAGGAUUAACUAGAUCUAACAUUUUCCUAAAUCGCAAAUCACUGUCAACUUUGGCUGUUUGGGAACCAAGAACAUUUAAAUCUUUAUCUGACAUUGCUUGUGCAAAAGCAAAACUAGGAGGUGUCAAGGGUGUUGCCAAUAAUACUAUGCCUAAAACUGUUAUAUGUAAAGGACUAGUCGACGAAUUGGAUUAAACCCAUUAUAAAAUAAACAGUAAAACUUACAUUAAUAUUAUAUUGUAAUAUUUAUUAUGUUGUUAAUAGUUAUAUAUUUACAGCAGGUUUAUAUUGUAAAGAAAAACAGAAUGAAAUGUACUAUAUGAUAAUUUCAGAGGAUGAUUUUUCAUUGCAGGAACAUGAUUCAAGUCUUUCUGUAUGUAAAGAACUAGGAAAGAAUAUUAAAUUAGUUCUUUAUA